GCUUAGUAGACUAGGUUUUGCGGCCAAUGGGUGAAGUUAAUAAUGGAAUCUGUCUGCACGGUGUUUUAUUCUAUCCCUUUUGAUGAUCCAGAGAUUGGGCCUAUUCUUUCAUCGAGGGGACUUAUUUAUCUUUGUUGCAGACGGGUUAAGCACCAGAUUGCGAAGGGAGGAAAGAAUGAAAAGGUUUCAUAGAGUGGGUGUGGUGAGAGAGGUAGAGGUGCUUCUGAAAGCAGUUGAUUUAUUCAAGAACAUGGAUCGAGAUAGUUUAAUGAAAGAACUCAAAGAAGAUAAGGAGGGUUGGGAUCCUGAUAUACUUGUUGAUUUAUUCAAGAACAUGGAUCGAGAGUUGAUUCUUAGCAUUCAAUUAUGGAAAUCGCAAAUUCCUCCGAAGGUAAAAGUAUUCUUUUACCAAAGAGAGUGGAUUGUUCACAAAGUUGUCCAUCACGUUUGCUAGAGCAUAUAUUUGGAUUAUGUAUGGUUGCAAAUUAAAGCAGGUUUGGGAUCUUAUGAAAUGGAUGGAGUUCCUCUCUUACGGGAGCACAAACUUUGAGGCUG